GUAGCAUCGCAAUAACAGAAGCCCCAUAACACAAUAUUAUAUUAAAAUAACAUCCACGAGAGCGGGCCUUACCGCUCAGAGUAAAAUCAAUGAACGCCAUGCGCGUCCUGGGGUGUGUUUUGGAGGGGUAAAGUGACUGCUCCAUGGGCGCCAACCCGGACAGUCCACGCCUAUGGAGCCAGCUGCAGCUUGCAGAAUCCCUAGGAGUCUGUGUGUGAUGUGCCCGUUGACGAUGGGACAUGAAAAAGCAAGAUGUGAACGUUAAGAGACGGCGGAGCAACAUGCGGCGCCAAGCCUGCAGGUCCUCGUGACAACAUGAACUCAUCGCCGACGGAGAACACGUCUAUCUCGAAUGCUGCUCCGCACGAGGCUAUCUACUCUAUUACCCAGGUUGUUUUAAUUGGAACAGUAGCGGCAAUUUUAUCUGUCAUUACCGUAGUGGGUAACAUUAUGGUAAUGAUCUCCUUCAAAAUAGACAAGCAACUACAAACUAUCAGCAACUACUUUUUGUUUUCGUUGGCCAUGGCCGAUUUCGCAAUCGGUUUGAUUUCGAUGCCGCUGUUCACCGUUUCCACCCUUCUCGGCUACUGGCCGCUAGGACCGUUCAUCUGCGACACCUGGCUGGCGCUCGACUAUCUGGCCAGCAAUGCCUCCGUGCUCAAUCUGCUCAUCAUCAGCUUCGACAGAUACUUUUCCGUCACCAGACCGCUCACUUACCGCGCCAAAAGGACCACCAACAAGGCGGCUAUCAUGAUCGCUUGUGCCUGGGGAAUUAGUUUAUUACUGUGGCCGCCUUGGAUUUACAGUUGGCCGUACAUUGAGGGAGGACGAAGUGUACCUGAUAACGAAUGUUAUAUUCAAUUCAUCGAAACGAAUCACUACAUCACAUUUAUAACGGCCAUUGCGGCCUUUUACGUUCCCGUUAGCGUCAUGAUUUUUCUGUACUGGCGGAUAUGGAGAGAGACAGAAAAAAGACAAAAAGACUUGCCUAACCUGCAGGCCGGCAAAAAAGACAGCAGCAAAAGAAGCAACUCCAGUGUAUUCGUGUGCAGUGACGAAGCAAACAACGCCUGCUCGACGGUGGACCUAGAAGACUGGCGCAGGCCGCGGUCCGAAUCGUCGACCGGAGCCGACACGGAUUCCGUCUACAUGCACAGCUCGGUUUGCGUGAACAACCAUCGAAGAAAAAGGCCGAUACGAGGAGGAUGGUUGGGGGGAGUAUAUCGGAUAAGGAGCUGGUGUGUGGCAUGGUGGCACUCGGGACGAGAAGAUAGCGACACAGAGGAGGAAAGUCCCAGCGAACAGGGACAAGGGUGCAUCACCCCAGUGUCCCUUGACACGCCUCUGCAAAGCUCGGUAUCAAGAUGCACUUCACUCAACGUAAUCAGGGAUCCAUAUACGACAAUUUCAACUCAACGUGAUCUUACGCUGACACAAUCUAAUAUGACCCCGACUCGUCUAGCACCCAGGGAUUCGAGGAGCUUACCGACAGGCAAUCGGCUGGCAGGUCGUUCUGUUUCCAACGAUAGUGUGUACACAAUCGUCAUCAGACUUCCAGGGGAGUCUGGCGAGGGCGCCGGUAACGAGGGACCUUCGAUAAAAAUGAUAGCGGAAGAUACCCCGAGAACUUCUCGGUCGCACGGUGAGGCCACCGACUUUUCGCUGGGUCCGUCGCAUGCGAACCACCUGAACAGGCGACCAUCCGCCAUGCCGGACAUCCGAAUUCCGCUGAACGCAAAAAUCAUUCCCAAGCAGCUGGCUGGCAAAACGCUGCUUGCGAACGCAACGAAGAACCAGGGUAAGAAAAAGAAAAAGACGCAAGAGAAAAAAGCGGACAAGAAGGCGGCAAAAACGCUGUCAGCUAUUUUGCUCACGUUCAUCAUAACGUGGACUCCGUACAAUAUUUUGGUGCUUCUGAAGCCUGUGACGUCGUCCAGCGCCCGGAUCCCGCCCCAGCUAUGGGACUUCUUUUACUAUUUGUGCUACAUAAACUCAACAAUAAACCCGGUGUGUUACGCGUUGUGUAACGCUAGUUUCCGACGAACAUACCUGAGGAUUUUGCAGUGCAAAUGGCAUAACCGGAACCGCGCUGCGAUGAAUCGGGGUUUUUACAACUAGCAUCGUCGCGAUGCGGGAGUGAAAAUGGAUUUGCCAAAUUUUGACCACUAACCGGUCUUUUACACACAUUUUCCAUACAUAAUUUGUUUUGAUGCACAAGAAAAGUUAUAAUUAUUUAUUGAAUUUUAAUAUAACAAUUUUUAAAGAAUGUCGCGCACCAUUUUAAAGGUGGAUGAUCUACAGACCCCUAGGAAUCCUAAAAAAU